GAUCUGACCCGAACCCAGAGCCCAAUUUUGGCCAAUUGUAAAAUGAACCACUUGGAUAAGAUGGGCAUCUACCAAGGCGUGUUUGGAGUUCGCUGGAGAAGAAAACUCAUUCAGCCCAAGCGAGCUUGCCUUCACUUUCAAAGAUUAACUUGCCCUCCAGACUUUGGACUACAAAGCAGAACGCAGUCACACGUCAGUGGGGAAGCUACUAAGGGAAAGCCUCCCUUCUUGCAAAACUAGUGCAGGACGGCCUCCCAUCAAGGAAGGGCCACCAGAGCAACUAUUUCCUACAGAGCCAGCAGCCCCAAAAAGUAGCCUUGGGUGAGCUGGGACCACGUCUCUGUUCUAGGGACACCCCCCCCCCGCCCUCGGACGCUGUCCUGGCAGAGGGAGAGUUGAGCCGACUGGCCAGGCUGUUGGGCCACCUCUUAGUGGCCUCGCUUGCUUAGAAUGAGAGCAAUGGUCCCCCAAGUCUCAAGGCGGAGAACUGAUUCUCAUCUUUCUGGUUAGCGAUCUUGAAUGAUGACGUCCGCCCACUCCCCUCCCCACGGUUUUGACAGUGAGAAUGGCCAGGCAUGCACUGUGCUCAUGAUGGAAAUAGACAGACGACUGGAGAAGAAGCUGAAGAUCAGCCAAAAAGAAAGCAGGAAAUCCAAGUCCCCCCCCAAAGUGCCGAUUGUAAUUCAGGACGACAGUCUUCCUUCGGGCCCGCCUCCGCAGAUCCGGAUCUUAAAGCGGCCCACGAGCAACGGGGUGCUCACCAACCCCAACUCCACCAGCCGACCUGCCUUCCCCGUGAAGACCCUGGCCCAGAGGGAGGCCGAAUACGCAGAGGCCCGGAAGCGGAUUCUGGGCAGCGCUAGCCCGGAAGAGGAGCAAGAAAAGCCCAUCCUUGACAGGCCCACAAGGAUCUCCCAGCCAGAAGACUCCAGGCAGCCCAGCAAUGUGAUCCGGCAGCCGUUGGGCCCCGACGGUUCGCAGGGCUUCAAGCAACGCAGAUAGGCUUGGCCGGCUGACCAGCUGCAAUGAAAGCAGGGUGCUCCCCCUCCUCAGCAGGCCAAUGGACCUGAGCCACAGGGGCGGGACUUGCUCUAAGCGUCCUCUAGGCUUUUUGCCUCUGGUGACCCUCAGCACUGGGACCCCUGCUAGAAUCGACAUGCCAAGGAGGGCCCACCGAGGGAGGAGCCGGCAGCGGGGCAGGCUUCUCUUCCGGGCGACCGGCUUGCUGCAACUCGCUGCCUGCUGAAGCGAGCGUCCGGUCCCGGCAAAGGAAUGACUUUCUCCCGCUGGGAUCUCCCUCCGGGAUCGGAAGCGAGAGGCAGGGGUGGGCUUCUACCUCUCAACAUGUGCAUGUCGGUGCGCGUUACGUUUGGAGCAAGGUACAGACGGGGGCGGGGGGGCGGAAGGUUGGAUCCGCAAAGGUUGGAUCCUUUGCCUUGGGGGGCGGGAUGGCUUCGUGCAUGGGAAG